GAGGAAGGAGGGAAGGGAGGGAAGAAGGCUCUGGGGCGGGAGGCCCUGGGAUAGGAGGUUGGCGGCCGUGGGUGGGGAGGCGGGGCAGGAGUAGCAGCCUCCUUCGCUCCUCGCCUCACCUGAGGGACCGCGUUGGGAUGGCGGAGAGCACGGCCCCGGGCGCUGCUCAUAAACGGGAGUGACGGGACCAAGAGGAGGGCUGGAUGAAUUAUUCUGCAGUGCUACAGUUUAUGGGCCGCAGGCUGGGAAUUUAUCUCUGUGUGGAUUAUUUACAUGUUCCUAAACACUUUGUUGCAGCAAAAGCAGGCUUUUCUUCUCCAGGGAUAAAACCAUGGCUGAAAUGAGUGAUAGCAACUUAGAAAAACCAACCAUUAUUCAGCAAGCAAUCGCCUCUUGUUGUGGAGCUAUAAUUACUUCAUUACUUGUAUCUCCUCUUGAUGUUAUCAAAACUCGGCUGCAAGCCCAAAGCAAUCCAUUCCCUAAAGGAAAAUGUUUUGUAUACUCCAGUGGCCUUAUGGAUCAUAUAUGUGUUUGUGAAAAUGGGAACAGCAAAGCCUGGUAUAAAAAACCUGGGAAUUUCAAGGGGACGUUGGAUGCAUUUGUGAAAAUUAUUCGAAUAGAGGGAAUUAAGUCACUGUGGAGUGGGCUUCCUCCUACAUUAAUAAUGGCACUUCCUAACGCAAUAAUCUAUUUUACCCUCUAUGACCAACUGCGUGAAGCUUUGAAAUACAGACUGAAAAAGAGUGAUGAAUACAUUCCAGUUCUUGCAGGUUCCUUAAGCAGAUUCAGUUCUCUCACUGUGGUGAGUCCCCUGGAGCUGAUCAGAACUAGAAUGCAGCAUCGCAAGUUGUCCUACAAGCAGCUGUAUCUGUGCAUCAGCACUCAAGUGGCUGCAGAUGGGUGGUUUUCACUGUGGAGAGGCUGGAGUUCUACUGUUCUGAGAGAUAUACCUUUCUCAGCAAUGUACUGGUAUAAUUAUGAACGUUUCAAGAAGAUGAUGUGCAAGCAAGUGGGUGCACAUGAACCUACAUUUCUUAUUGCUUUUACUUCAGGAGCAGCAUCUGGCUCUAUUGCAGCUGUCAUAACUCAGCCAUUUGACGUAGUGAAAACACACAGACAGACUGCGCUUUGGGAGAGUGAGACCUUAGAAAGUAAAGUCGCUGUUCCACAGAGGGACUCUACAUCAACCUGGGCAGUUAUGAGGAAAGUUGUCGCUAGCAAUGGGAUUACUGGAUUAUUUGCUGCUAAAGAGGAAAAAGAAAGGAAGGAGGAGAAAAAAAAGAAUUUAAGCCUGGACAGAGCAAUGAAGAAUAACGACUGCCACCGUGUUAAAUUUUUAGUCUGGAUAUUUAAAAUUAUUGUUUAAAAAUGUUUUGCGCUUCCAGUUGUAUGAUAUAUUUAUUUCUCAAUAUGGAGGUUGAUACAGAAUGAAUUCGAUAAAUGCUUAUUUAUUCUUGCUGCUUGAUACAUGUUUCAUUCUGGGCAUAUUUGUUGUUUGCAGCUCUAUAUUUUGUGUAAGUGCACAUUAUAAAACAGCUUCUUUUCUUGUUUAUUUUAAAUGAAAAAUUCCCUAUGUCAAAGUGGAAAAAAUACUCACGCUCAUUAGAAACCAAGAGAGCUUAGUGACUACAGUGAUAGGGACUGCAGUGGCCUUUGUUUAAGGUAAUACUCUUAAAAAAUUAAAGCACAUCCAGGCAUUGAAGACAACAGCCUGUACAGGUGCUCUGGAGAAACACUCCCUCACAUGUUUUUGGGAGGUGCAAGCUGUCACUGCCACAACACUCCCGGGCAGGGCCAAGCCAUACACAGGUUUUAUGGGAUCACCUGUCUUGGAAGGCCAGGUGUGCUGGCACAGACAGGUGGUUCCAUGCCUCUUUGACUCAGCCGUGCGUCUCUCUGAAGGGAAGAGCAUAUUUAAUUUGCUGCUGUCGACCACAGUGUGCUGCACACUCAUGGUAUGAGCAGCUGCAGCUCCUCACUUGCCCAUAGGUACUUCAGUUACAGAGCUUCCUCUGUAUGAUUUUUUUUAAAUUAUUUUUUAACUACCUUCACUCUACCUCCCUUUUUCCAUGCAUUUUCAAUGAAGGGGUUGAAUUUUACUUUUUUGUGUAUUUUAACAAAAAAAUGUGCUGAUGCAAAAGCAACUCAGUAUUCAGGUAAUUAAGACACUGACAUUCAGGUGUGCUUUACCCAAGAAAUGGACUUCAGUCCUAUCCUACUAUGAAGAAGGUACCCCAGCAUGUGUUCUGUCUUGGUGAAAAUUCAUCACACACUGAAAAAUACUGCAGUUGUAAAGAUGUUAGGUACCGUGUUACAGCAUAUGGUGCAGGCAAGAGGUGCUGCCAGAGGAGAUAAUAAACACUGGUCUCCCACUGUGACUUUUGAACAUAAUUGACAAAAUAAGGCCUAAGAGAAAAGAAUAACAACAGAUUUUGGAUGACACUGAAUGACUUCCA